AUGAUUAAACUUUUGGCUUCUUAUAAUAAGGAAGUAGAUGAUGUUGUCUUGGAAAAUGCCCGUCAAAAUGCAAAGUACACAUCACCUACUAUUCAAAAAGAAAUCGUACAUGUUUUUGCAAGGAAUGUGCAAAGUGAUAUUCGGAAAGAGAUUGGUGAUGCAAAAUUUUGUUUACUUGUUGAUGAAGCUCGUGAUGAAUCUAAGAGGGAGCAAAUGGCUCUUGUCAUUAGAUUUGUUGAUAAGAAUGGAUAUGUUAAGAAGCAUUUCUUGGAUAUAAUACAUAUUGCUCUUGUUGCUUCGGCUAAAGAAGUAGUUGAUGCUCAUGCUUUUUUUCAAAACUUGAAUAUGAUUGUCAAUGUUGUAGGUUCUUCUUGUAAACGCAAUGAUGAGUUGCAUGCUACUUAUGCAAAUGAAAUUUUAAGAUAUUGUGGUUUGGAUGCUCUUCUAGAAGAUGUUAGAUCUUUUUGUGAUAGUCGAUCUAUUGAAGUUCCAGACAUGAGCUCUUCUUUCUCUUACAUAAUUCGAUCUCGUCGUCAAAAGGAUAAAGUGACAAUAGAGCACCAUUAUCGUAUUGAUGUAUUUAAUGCUGUCAUCGAUCAGUUGAAAGAAUUGAAUACCAGGUUCAGUGAGCAAGCAACUGAGCUUCUUAAAUUGAGCACAACUUUAGAUCCUAAGAAUUCAUUCAAGUCAUUUAAUGUUGGGCAUAUCUACAAUCUUGUGGAGAAAUUCUAUCCUUCGGAUUUUUCUGGCCAAGAAAAGAUUCAAUUAGCGUAUGAAUUGCAACAUUAUGAAUUUGAUGUGAUCAAAGAUGUCAAGUUUCAGAAUUUGUCCACUAUUGGUGAAUUGUGUCAAAAGUUAGUUGAGACUGAAAAAUCAAAUGUCUAUCCUUUACUUGAUAGAUUGUUGUGA